AUUGAAACGAGAAGUUUCAGUCCGACCAGCCUCUGCGAUACUCACACUCCACACAUUUAUACGGAUUUAAACUCCUCUGGACUGACUGAACGGGAUACCGAACUACGCGGUUCAUUGUGUGAUACGAAGUAACCGAAAGGAAUCGUUUUUGCUACUUUGUAGCAGUGGAUAUUGACUUUGGUUUUAAAUCUAAAACAAAGAUGACUUCAUUCAAUAAGGGACCAGCCUACGGGUUAUCAGCAGAAGUGAAAAGCAAAGUGAGUAAACUAAAAAGUAAAUUAUUUUUUAUUUUUUAUAUAACCACAUUUUGGUUUGUAAAUUAUUGCCGUUUUGGAUAAACCAACUGAACCAACCAACUAGGGCUAGGCAAUUGCUGCUGCGUGCUGCAACUAAAAUGGGCUACAGAGUUGAACAUGUGAGGCGUCCUUGGUUUAAUAGUCCGAUGCACUGUUACGGCAGAAAAGCUUUGGUUAUGGUUAAUAGGCUACAGGGGCCAUUUUCAUAUGGGACUGUCCCCUAUAGAAACUUCGACGAAAAAAAGCUAGUAGGUUGCAUGGAGUUUCACACAUGAAUUAAAAGUUUACCAACUAUUUUUGGAAACAAAACUUAAGUAAAAACAAUCACUGGAAGUGACAUGAAUGCAAGCCAACUAAGCCCAAUUUAUUGUUUGUAGCAGUGGGACAGGGAGGAGUUCACUAGUGAUGGUUUGCUCGCACGUUUUUCUUUUUUGUAACGGUGAACGUCAGGAACCAACUCGCAUCUGUGAAAGAGCCAUAUAUUUGGCUCCCUUAUUUGCCUAUGGUUACUACUGCUUUUUAUCUCCAGACAACGAUUAACUGCAGAAAGUUAUAAAAACAUUCUCUGAAUAUUGUAAUUCCUCACUGCAGGAACAAUAGAUAGUGAGGAGAGAGACCUUUUUCAGUGCGUUCAUUUUUUUUUAUAUAUUUUUUUUUAUUCAGGCCACCUAAUAAUUUGGUCAAGUAAAACUGUAGUCUAUUUGAACUCACAUGUCAUGAUCUGACCUAAUGCCAGGCAACUUUGUAGGCUUUACAUUAGAGAUUGGUUAUUUGUUCAUGGUUUAAGGUACGUCUUUAAACUCUACUUGACCAGAGCCAAAUGAGCCUGCUGAUAAUACUUGGAAUGCACAUCACUAGAGUCUGCAGCAUAGGGGUGAUGGGUAGGCUAUUCCCCCAUAUUUUAAUUUGGCAAUGGGAGCUAAACUGUAACUGUACAGCUGUCACUGUCAGUCAGAGAUGUUAGAACAGGUUAAUUAAUGUAAAUUGAACAACAAAUCCAAUGAGAAGUGAAUUACCGGGGGCGGCCCCUGGUUUAAAGCCACAAUCCUGAAAUGGUGGUUCAGCCAAAUGGCAGCCCAUAUAAAUGAGAGAAAUGUAACCACUUUCUAAUUGUUAAGAUGGAGGUCUGGAUACAAGUGUAAAGGAUUUCACGCUGCUUGCUUAGAGUACCACUUCCUCCUGAUUCGGCUCACAUUAGGCUCAAACCCAGGACCUCCGCCUUGCUAGCACAUGUGACCGCUGUCCCGAAACGUCUUACCAGUCGGCGCCACUGAAAAGUUAGCAAUUCCGCAGCGCAAGUGGCAACACUUCGGGUUUAGGAGGAAGUUUCACACAUCCCUAUGUGCUGCAUUCACCAUUGAACAGCAGUAAAUAGUGCAGAUUGUAUAUUUAAGGAGAAAAGUUGGCUGUCUGUUAGGGUUAAUACAGUUCCUGUACCAUACCAGGGUAUAUGCUAUUAUCGACAGUGCAUACAAGUGGCGCUAUUUCUUUCCAAAUGUAAGAAGUUAACAAAUACAUCUUUAUCCAGGAGGGGAUCGAUUUUAUUUGCUGUCGCUAAGAAGCUUGAUCUUGCAAACUGGCCACUUAGUUAGCAAACCGAAUGCAUAGCUGUAGCCCUGAGCUGGAGAUAAUUGAUUUGGUACAUCUAAGAUAGUUAAAGGAGAAGUUCUCUUUUUAUAACCAAAUCUCUAUUUUUGAUGUAAAAUACACAUUUUGUGUGAUUUCACGUUGAGAAACUUACCCCAAACAGCAAGUCACUUCCUCAAAUCACUUAGACAUGAACUCACUCAUAAAAACAGCAUCUCUUUGCUGUAUUCUUUGACUGUUAAAAGUUAUGACUCUCACGUAGGCUAGUAUCAAAUGUUGGUUUGGCCGGGGUUGUGGAAACUAUAGGCAUACUCGAGCUAUCCGAUUGGCCAGCGCAGUAGGCACACUCGAUUUAGCCACAGAUCUUUUGAGACAAAUUAAAUGGUUCGUAAUGGGAACACUGAUUACCCGUUGCGCAGGGCUUCUGAAUCAAGUGCACCUAUCAACAACAGCGCAACACGAAAACAAAAAGGAGCGCAAGCCUUUAUCGUUGGCUUUUCUACAGACAUGUUUGGUGAUAGACUUGGAAUGCCUUGAAGAUCGACCGGUUGGUGACCACUGCAUUAGAGCAAUAUCCCACUGGUUCAUAGCACAUUGGCCUAGGCUACCAAAGUUGUCCCUCUGUAGGAAAUGACUGAAUCAUGACAUCAUCGAUCAGCCUACCCAUCGGAAACAGGACAGUCAAGCCCGAAGGAGCAUAGCUUACUCAGGCCCAUGUAUAAUGUUUAUGUGAAACUAUGUCUCGUGUACAGUUUUUAUCUGCCCAGUCUCGGUUUGCAUUGAUAACAGUGGUGCCAGAAGCCAACCGAGGUUUCUCUCUCUCCUGAUAAAAGAUAAGUAGGCUGUCAUAGCGUACUUUUGGCCAAUGAUGCGAAAAUCCAGUUAGAGAGGGAUGAUGAUGGUUAUUCUUCAACAACACUUAAGGAGAAAUUGACCAGGAGCACAAAAACUUGUGAACACAACAGUGGAAUCUAGGCUACUGUAUGGAAGUGUGUUGCAAGUUAGCAGAACGAUGAGGUUAUCAACAGAAACAUGUCCGGUGUUGUUAGAGUAGCCAACACAGUCCAUUCAUAGCCUUGCACUGGCUGGGUUUCAAGUGACCGAUUUCUAUGUCAACUUAUGACACACUAAGUCAGUAAUUUGUCAAAUACUUCAGCAGAUUGUGAAUUUAUCAAGCUCUGAUUAAAUACACACAGCAGAAACUGGAGGAACCUUUACAUGCAAUCACCUGUACUGUACGUGCUUCUUUGGAAGUCGCAUGUCAGAGAUGCUUAUAAUUCCUCAAUGAUCCCUCUCGAUUACCAACAUCCCCUAGUCUAACAUUGUCUCACUUCUUGAACGUGAGAAACUGGAACCUGGAAAUCAGCAACAAACAACCCAAUCUGAAAGAUCUCUAAUUCACUGAGCUACAGUCUCGCUCUCUGUCUCAUUGGACUAUGAUUUUUGUCCUUUUGAGAGGGUUCUCUCUGCCUGAAGAUGGGAAAUUAUGAGUAUAAGUUCAUUGAGCUGUGCUUCCAAGCAGGGUUAAAAUCCUGUGGCUCAAACCAUCUGUUUCUCAUGCCUUAAUGAGACCAGACCACCUCAUUCCUUAAUUAGCACAGUUUCUGUUGUCUCUUGUGUUGUGGUCCAUCUGAUCCAUUAAGUGGUUCAGAACAGGCUACAGGUUUAGGCUACUGCGUCAUGUCUCCUAGCUGUACCUACUGCUUAAGUGCCCCUGUUAAGUUUUUACUUUCAUUCACAUUGUGGCUGUAUGAAAAGCUUUUAGGUGAGGUAAUCUCCUGAACCUCGACAGGAUCAGAUGAGUGAUACUUGUACAGCCAAACGCUGGCUCAGCCGGGAAAAUAUUAAAAUGAAAAUGUUAGCUCUCGUUCUUCUAAUGCUUGUGUGCUUUCUGAUAUUUUCCAGGGUGGCUGCCAACACACAUGCUUUAUUUGAGGGCUAAUUGUGAUAAAUAACCAGUGGAUUCUGAAAGGGGGAAAUGGAAAGCAGCUUAGUUUCCAAUGUGUAUGCUAAUCUUGAAAGAUGACCAGCAACUGUCAAUCAACUACACACACAUGCACGCACACACACAUACAUACACUUUAAAUGAAGGUUGUCCUUUCCUGCAUGAAUUAUGUUACAGACAAAAAGCUAAAGCUGAAUGUUUGGAACAGAUUUUUUAUAAUGUUGUUCAAAUCAUCAUGUCAGUCAUUUGUAAUCAAACAAGCCAGCAGUGCUUCCCAAGGGGUCACCGCCACUCAGGUUGAAGUUUUGACCAAAUGUUUGACUGACUAACUGGUGUUUUUUUGGCCGGAACUUCUCAAGUGUUUGUAAAAUACAGUGGGAAUUCCCUCUGGUGCCUGGGAGCACAUGAACUCACAUCUGUUAUAUAUUUUCUACAGCAGUUGGAGGGUCGUGAACUUAAAGAUGACUUGUUCAUCUAGAUCUUCAAGUUUGACUGCUCUUAUUAAGGGUAGAGCUUUAGCUGAAUCCGGUGCUGUGUGAAAGAGGGAGUCCUUUUAAUGAGGUCAGAAGACGUUGGGUUACCACCAAGUAGCCUCUAGCCCUCCUGAGAAUUUCAUGUUCAGUUUGUUUUCAUUUCAGCCCAAAGGUUUCAGAAGUAAAGGUUUCCGAACAGAAGAAAUUAACUUAAUGUUCAGUUGUAUUUCUCACCCUAAAGGGUUUCAGUAGUAAAUACUAUAUUUUCUCCAGCACGGUCUGAUAGGAGAUCCCAUCACAUUUAUCUGAUUACUCACUAAUAAUAAUAAUACAUGCUUGCUGAAAUAGUUUAUCCUAGAUAGUGGGGCUGCAGGGCCUCACCAUUAAUGUAGGUCUGAGUCUGCCUUGUUUGUUUUUCCCCCUACGUUGGAGUCAGAGUUUGCCUUUGGGUGGGCGAGUUGUUGGCUCAUCAAGCAAACAGAGAAUUUGGUUGUAUAUCUCUGCUGAUUCUUUGGCAGGAAAGAGAUUGCAGUCUUGGAACCACAAGACACACAACAAUGCAAUAUCUAUCGAUCUCCUCUGCUCUCCUCUACCUCGGUGUGUGUGUUUUCUCUAGUGGCCCUGGACCAGGCAGGGAGUCCUGGAUAGGGUGAGGAAUGAGGAGAGCAAGGCAGUCGGGCUGGUGGUGGUCUUACCGCACCAUAAUCAUGUUCUGUAGGGCAAAAUGUUUUAAAACACUGAAACAGAACACGAAAAUGAGUCCAUGUAGUCCCUCCCAUAAGUCCAGGUAGUCCCUCCCUGUUUUAGUCUGUUUUCUAUGCUUUGGUGCCUAAUGAACAUGACCCAGGUAUGUGGUGGAGGACUGGUUAUUGUGGGGUUGUCUUACCUUCCCCCUCUGUUUUUUGUAGUAAACCACAGUACAGUACCAUUACUACAGAUGGGAGGGGAGGAGGAAGGGGGGGAGAAAGAGCGCUGCAGGGAGAAGUGUUGGGGGAUGGAGUGUUCCCCUGCUAUUUGCUGACAGGAGACAUUUCCCUCCCUGCAAUGGUUCAGGCUGGAUUUUCUUUUCACAGUGAGACUCUGAUUUCUGAAUUCCUUGUGUUGUCGCAUUAGCCCCUGUGAUGCUUUUUUGGGGUGAACAGGAACUGAGCCCUUUUGCUGAAACCAUUGUUCAGCUUUUUUUACUUUCAGACCCCCAAGAUCGAUACUGGGGGUUUCACCAACCUUGACAUGUUCAACUUUGAUGAAGGCUAAUGUUAUCGAGUGCACGUAUUUGUUUGUGAUAACACUAUUGUCUGGAACAACAUGUUAAAGACUUGAUGGACGAUUGUUGACUCGGUUGGACUUUUUGUUAUUGUUAGUUGGUUUCGUUCUUAAGGUCAGAGGCUCUAACCGCAUGUCUCAAGUUAGGAUUUGGCCUUGUGCAGUGAUUGGUUUUUAUUAAGGCUCCAAGCUAUAUGUAAAUAUUUCUAGUUCACUGCACAUUUAUAGUACGGCCAAUCUCUUCACAUUGUGAGGUCUGCUGAGCGUUUUCAGAGCUAACGGAUAGUGGUUAAAUAUUAAUGAAUACCAGCUGGGCAGUGUGUUCAAUACUUGGUCGUGUGUGUGAUUGAACAAAUAAUUAAUCAAGUGGGGGUCAUUCUGGUCAAAGAAUAUUCUGGUUUCAUUCUAUCUGUCAAGCUCCCCGUUAGAGAUGCCCUCGAUUUAUAUAAGAUAUUGUAUAAAUGGGAACGGUAACUUGAUUGUAAGGAACUUUAUGACUAUAGAAUUCCUUCUGACUAGAAAUUGUUAUUUCAAAGAGACGGUGGAUGAUACACAUGUUAUUGAUUUAAACAACAAUUGCCUCGAAACAGUGGUGUAUCUAGCCUACAUUGAAUUGAUCGUGUUGCACUUCUGGGGCCUUUUCUCCCUCUAAACCUUCUUCUCCGUCCAGAUGUUUGCUAGGUUCUGCAACGUCAUCAGGAAAUGCUUUGGGGUACAGGGUUGGGGUACGGAGGACGGGCUUGUCUGGGGUUCAAUUCCAGUGGGGUUUAGCCGAUGUAGCUUUCCAGAUUUCUUCUCAGAAGCUUUCCUUUUAACGACUCCAUCUAGACAUAAGAUAACUGGGGGGAGUUGGCAGUGUUCCUAGAGAUGUACUGCUGUGCUGGGAGAGAGAAGUGAAGAAAGAGAAAUCUCUCCUCUCUCUAAUCUUCCCUGAUUUCUCUCUGAGGAGGGCUCUGUGUAUUCUCGGGUGAUGGUUUGGUUUCCAGCUGCUGUCAGUCAGUGGCACCAAAAGCCUCAGAUGAAUUCCUGUAAAUGACAGUGUGCUGUCAAGCUGUUCAGAAGGGAUGGACAAGUUCCUCUAUAACCCUUCCACUCCAUCCCAGUCCUCUCAUUGAGUCAUAUUUGGCAACUAGAACACCACUUUGCCCUUUUACAAGAUGGAGGGACAUUUGAAGAUUUUCCUUUUUGCCUGUUAUUAUGUGUGAACAGGGCCUUGUUUUCUCUCUCACGCGCACACAGACACACUGCUUCAUAGAGGGCAUGUCUUUCUGGUGAUGGCCUUCACAUUCCAGCUGACAGGCUUUAGUGGGGGGGGGUGAUAAACUGCAGUUAAACGAAAACAAGCCUUUCUCUGCCCGAAUAGGGGGGAAGAAGUUUGGCUACAUGUUUAUGGGCUUCAAGCUUUCAGUCUCACAUAGUAGUGCUAUAAGGCUGUCAUUACCCCAAUGUUUUUAUUAGCUUUCAAUACGCCUGGUUUAUAAUGCUACAUAGCCUACAAUAAGCAUCCCUCUUGAAGCCCAGCAUUAACGUGUGGUGCUAAUGAGCUAAUAUCUGCACACUGGGAAUAAGCUACAGUUGUAGAGUAAAGGCUAAACAAAGAAUGGACUAUAAUGAAAGGAGAGGAGUGGAAUGGAGGCCAGAUGCUGUGUCUCCUGUGGUCUUUUCCCUCUUGACUAGAUCAUAGAGAUGAGUUUGUCUAACUGACUCUGGUGAAUGACUAGUGUCUGUGAGAUGCUCUUGUUAAAAGCCCAUGUUUAUAGGACAUAGGCCAAUGUUGAAGUGCUGUUUACAAUGGAAUAUGAACUAAUGGGUGACUGCAGCUGCAAAGCACAGUUAAAUAUACUCUGUUUGACAUUGUAGAAAGGACCUGGAAAUGUUCCAUGGCAUUGUGCAAUCCAAUUGUGGGUAAUUGACAGUACAGUACUUAGUCAUUUACAGUAGAUUACAACACAGAACAGAUCAUUAUUUUUCAAUGUAGGCCUACCGUUUUUAGCAGAUCCUGUGCAUCUGUUUACAUUAAUGAGUUUUGGCAUCCGAAUGUGUUCUGAAGGGUGCGUUUGGCAAUUGAAGCCUUGAGCAUGGUAAAUGCUCCAGAGAGCCAGCGGGGGAGGUUUCCAAGCCCUUGACGUCUCAUGUUCAGAGUGUGUGUGUGUGAUAGAGAGGAAGCAGUGGGAGAAGAAGAGGAGCAUGCAGUUGUAAUUGGCUUCACAUUCACACACGCUCCCGUUUCCUCUUCCUCCAAUGGCUACUGUCCAUGCCAUGAUGCCAGUAGCAUCACUUCCUCUCUGAGCUGUGUCCUGGUACACAUUAGCUACGCAGCAUGUUAAAGUGAGCUGACCCUAGGAGAACGGACUGUCCCUAAAACACCAGACCACAAUAGAUAGAUCAGUGUCAUUUCCUUUCCUGGCAAUAGACCAGGAUUAAUGUGCUCUAGAAAUAUCUACAUCAGACCACACUAAUGCCUUAAGUGCCUUCAUUUGGGCUAGUGUCUGUCAGUCUAGCAAAUACCUUCUCUUUAGUUCUCAGGAAACUGUGGUUGCAUCAUGGGCUCCCUUAUGGAUUACAUGUGAAUUUGUGUAUAUAUUUUUCUCACUGGCUUUGAAGCCAACGUGUGAAUCUGAAAGUAUUUCUGACGUAACGUUGUGACUCACUAGAAGGGUUGACGUCUUUACUGUUUGUUGUUAGAACCUUAUUGUGGCCAAUCUACAUUACAUGAAUCUCUUAGCUAAACGUCUGGUUGGCACAACAACAUUUAAAGCCAAACGUCUGGGCUUUUAUGCUGUUCCAGAUAGAUGGUCAACGUUUGCGCUUUAACCCCCCCAGUCCCAGCCUGUUGAUUUACCCCACAGCUCAGUACUUACUCUGCUGAAAUGACACUAUUUAUUUUAUAGUGCACUACUUUUGAACAGGGCUCUAGUCAAAAGUAGUGCACUAAAUAGGGAAUAGGUUGCCAUUUGGGGCACAUCUGUAAUCUCUGCCCCUGACACCACUGUAAAAGCCCGGCUUGCUGACAUCUGACGUCUACAUUUCUGAUAACUUUUUACAAUCUUGAUGGGGAAAACGGUUUUCUAUUACAAUGUCAAAGUACAUUAUGAAAAACGCCAUGCAAGCCUGUAGCUUGAUCAGUGAUACUUUGUCCAAAAGCUGAUUCAGUGAGUGGUUUGCCCAUCCGGAGUUAAUUCGUUGAUGUGGUCUAAAACAUGUCUAAAUGGAGAGAAACUCAUGAUGUUGAGGGGUGAUUAUGUAACACAUGGACAUACCUCUCUUGCUGGGUUUAUUGGCGUGAGACAUGAUUUUGGCUCAUAGUUCCUUAUUUCAAAGCAGCUUGAGACAAUUUCGCAUCUCGUAACACUGUCAAAUGAUGAGAUACAACGAUCAGGAAGAGAUUGAAUUAGACAUGACAGUUUUAAAGGGCAAGGUGUUGUUACAAAGACACUAGUCUCAUGUGACAGACUUGAACAUAGUAGCUGGCCAGGACAUGCGAGAUAUUGCUCUAGGUUUCGAGAUAAUAACUUUUGCUUUCACCUCAGAUCGCAGGCAAAUAUGACAUGCAAAAAGAGGAGGAGCUUCGGUUCUGGAUCGAGGAGGUGACGGGGAUGGCCAUUGGAGAUAACUUCCAGAAGGGCCUAAAGGAUGGAGUCAUCCUGGGAGAGUAAGUGUUUGCGUGUGUUUACUGCAGAGCUGACAGUGACAGAGGUUUGACAUUGCAGUGUGUGUGUGUGUGUGCGCCCUCCACACUGCUGUGAUCUGCAGCUAAUGUUUGCCGGGUGGAGACGCUGACUAGGAUUUUACACAUGAGUAAUCAGUCACACUCCAGUCACUAUCCACAGAUUGAUGUGGUGAUUUGCAUAUUGUCUAUUUUAUAUUCCAGUUGAAUACAUAUUUGAUACACAAGCCCAUACUGCAGAUAUUGUCCUCAGUGUAUUUCCUCCCCAAGAUUCACUUAAGAUUAUAUAUUUUUUACAUUGAACAUGAACACUUUAAACUGAAUGUGUGUGUAAGAUGCAUAAGCAUUUCGCUACUAAUCUGCAAAUUAUGUGUACGUGACAAAUAAGAUUUGAUUUGAUAGACUGACCUUCUCUCUUUCUUAGAUUGAUAAACAAACUGCAACCUGGCUCGAUAAAGAAAAUUAACCACUCACAACUGAACUGGCACAAGGUAGGCUAAUGCUUUCCCCAAACCUAAACCUCAAGCACAAAGACCAUAGAGAGCUGUUCAACUCAUUAAUACCAUUUACGAUCUGUAAGCCAUAUGUUGUGCAUGGAGAAUAAGUGGACUCAUUCAUUAAGCCUUCAGCUCUCGCUCUCUCCUCACUCUCGCUCUCACUCACUCACACAACACCUUCUUUAUGGAGUUAUUACUUCCUGAUGUUCUUACUAUAGCCCCUCCCCCAUCUCUGCUAUGCCCAUCCCUGCUGUGUUCUGGGGCCUGUUCAGGAGGAUGUAACGUCACAGAACAUUCUGAUAGAAAUGUACCGUGUAGAAAAUAUGAUUGUCUUGUCAGAUAGAAUACGGAAUCGUGCCAGCUCUAUUCAACCUAUUCCUAUCUGUAACCUGUGUUGUGUUCCCCCAGCUGGAGAACCUUGGCAACUUUAUCAAAGCCAUCCUGGCCUACGGCAUGAAGCCCAAUGACAUCUUCGAGGCCAAUGACCUGUUUGAGAACGGCAACAUGACCCAAGUCCAGAGCACAUUGCUCUCCCUGGCUAGCAUCGUGAGUGGGAUACCCAGGGGGGUAGAAAGACUUCCUUAAUUAUGAUUAUUAUUUUAAAACAUUUAAACAUACAAGAACACAUGUUACAAUUAGUGUCUACUGGGAGAAAGACUGACACCUACAGUAAAGUGUUACCAAGACUUUCUCAUAGGGUUCCUUCUCUGGUGACACCUACAGUAGCGCAUUACCAAGACAUUCUGAUAGGGUUCCUUUUCUCCAAGGGACUUGGCAGAAUCAAAUAUUUCCACAUUCUUAUCUUAUUCCAUAGGCAAAGACCAAAGGCAUGCACACAUCGUGUGACAUUGGUGUGAAAUACGCAGACAAACAGACACGCCAUUUUGAUGACGAUAAGAUCAAGGCUGGACAAUGUGUCAUCGGACUGCAGGUAAGAUAUGAUAAUGAUGCUUAAACAGCCACAGGUUGUUGGGCUCUGUUACUGGAUGUGACUAUACAAUAUAUUUUUUCAUUUUUUUCAUCCUGAUAAUUGAAUGUUUAUAUGUAGCUUAUUUAACUGAUUCUUCAAUCGCUUGUAAUAGAUGUGGGCGGCAGGUAGCCUAGCGGUUAAGAGCGUUGGGCCAGUAAGUGAAAGGUUGUUGGUUCGAAACCCCAAGCCGACUAGGUGAAGUCGCUCUGGAUAAGAGCGUCUGCUCAAUGACUAACAUGUGAUGUGUAAUAGAAGUGUAAUACGUCUAUUCAGCUAUGUUUCUGUGUGUUUAGAUGGGGACCAACAAGUGUGCGAGCCAGGCUGGUAUGACAGCAUACGGGACCAGGAGACAUCUUUACGACCCAAGGUCCCAGACAGACAAGCCUUAUGACCAGACCACCAUCAGUCUGCAGAUGGGCACCAACAAAGGAGCCAGCCAGGUAGAACCAAUUAUGUAUACCAACACUGUGAAUGUCUAUGGGUAGAACAAACACUGUGAAUGUCUAUGGGUAGAACAAACACUGAUGCAUUUACAGGGGUCUACUUCCCCUGUUGAAACCCUGAUGGAACUUAUAGUACCAGUCAAAAGUUUGGACACACUCUCAUUCAAGGGGUUUUCUUAAUUUUUACUAUUUUCUACCUUGUAGAAUAAUAGUAAAGACAUCAAAACUAUGAAAUAACACAUAUGGAAUCAUGUAGUAACCAAAAAAGUGUUAAAAAAUAUAUAUAUAUAUUUGAGAUUCUUCAAAGUAGCCACCCUUUGCCUUGAUGACAGCUUUGCACACUCUUGGCAUUCUCUCAACCAGCUUUUCCAACUCUUGAAGGAGUUCCCGCAUAUGUUGAGCACUUGUUGGCUGCUUUUCCUUCACUCUGCCGUCCGACUCAUCCCAGGCCAGGUAAUCUGAUGCAGCACUCCAUCACUCUCCUUCUUGGUAAAAUAGCCCUUACACAGCUUGGAGGUGUGUUGGGUCAUUGUCCUGUUGAAAAACAAAUGAUAGUCCCACUAAGCCCAAACCAGAUGGGAUGCUGCAGAAUGCUGUGGUAGUCAUGCUGGUUAAGUGUGCCUUGAAUUCUAAAUAAAUCACAGAUAGUGUCACCAGCAAAGCACCCCCACACCAUAACACCACCUCCUCCAUGCUUUACGGUGAAAACUACACAUGCGGAGAUCAUCCGUUCACCCAUAUCGCGUCUCACAAAGACACAGCGGUUGGAACCAAAAAUCUCCAAAUUGGACUCCAGACCAAAGGACAGAUUUCCACCGGUCUAAUGUCCAUUGCUCGUGUUUCUUGGCACAAGCAGGUCUCUUCUUCUUAUUGGUGUCCUUUUAGUAGUGGUUUCUUUGCAGCAAUUCGACCAUGAUGGCCUGAUUCACACAGUCCCCUCUGAACAGUUGAUGUGUCUGUGAUUUGAACUUAUUUGGGCUGCAAUUUCUGAGGCUGGUAACUCGAAUGAACGUAUCCUCUGCAGCAGAGGUAACUCUGGGUCUUCCAUUCCUGUGGCGGUCCUCAUGAGAGCCAGUUUCAUCAUAGCGCUUGAUGGUUUUUGCGACUGCACUUGAAGAAACUUUCAGAGUUCUUGGAAUUUUCCGUAUUAACUGACCUUCAUGUCUUAAAGUAAUGAUGGCCUGUUGUUUCUCUUUGCUUAAUUGAGCUGUUCUUGCCAUAAUAUGGACACGGUCUUUUACCAAAUAGGGCUGUCUUCUGUAUACCCCCUACCUUGUCACAACACAACUGAUUGGCUCAAACGCAUUAAGAAGGAAAGAAAUUCUACAAAUUAACUUUUAACAAGGCACACCUGUCAAUUGAAAUGCAUUCCAGGUGACUACCUCAUGAAGCUGGUUGAGAUAAUGCCAAGAGUGUGCAAAGCUGUCAAAGGCAAAGGGUGGCUACUUUGACGGAUAUAAAAUAUAUUUUGAUUUGUUUAACACUUUUUUGAUGUCUUCACUAACUACUCUAUAAUGUAGAAAAUUGUAAAAAUUAAGAAAAACCCUUGAAUGAGUAGAUGUGUCCACAAUAUAUGAUGGAGACUUCACAUGGCUUUUCAUUGCACAUCACUAUAAUCACUUUGUUGAUGAUACGUAUAUUUGUCUUGAAGACAAUCCGUCAGUAACUGUUUUCAUGGAAAUCUCCUAAAGUGUGUACCCCGGCCCUCUCUGUCUCCUCUCCCCCAGGCCGGUAUGUCCUGCCCGGGAACGCGUCGUGACAUCUUCGACAAUAAGCAGGUGCAUCCAGUGGACAACUCCACUAUCUCCCUGCAGAUGGGCACCAACAAGGUGGCGUCCCAGAAGGGCAUGAGCGCGUACGGCCUGGGACGCCAGGUGUACGACCCCAAGUACUGCGGCUCGCCCACCGAGCCCGUUAUACAUACCAACGGGAGCCAAGGCACGGGCACCAACUGCUCUGAGAUCAGCGACAGUGACUAUCAGGCCGAGGAAUUCCUCCAGGAGGGAGAGGGGGAGGAGUACCCAGUGGCUUAUCAGGAAGAGGACAACUACAGCGACGUGGCCCACUACAACAACGUUGACCAGGGCAUUGACUAUUAGGGCUGUCCGGGGCCAUCCGGCACUAGCCUGGUCCCAGAUUAGUUUGUGCUGUCUUGCCAAUGACCAUAGGAGUUGGCAAGA